AUGGGAUACUUUGAUAUAGAAGAUGUCUUAGCAGAUAGUGUUGAAGUGCCUUGUAAAUUCCAAUUUAAGAUGCCAGGAUUGGGCUAUCUGGAAGGCAAUCCAGGAAGAGCCAUCGAAAAGAAUUCUAAACUCAACUUGCCCUUAUGGUUGGCUAGAAUACUUGCAAUUGUUGGCGGAGGUAGUGAUGAAGAUACAGAAUAUGAGCCAGAAGAACCUAUACCGUUUGUCGAGCUACUGAAACCAGACUUUUUCGCUACAAAAUUUAUAAAUUCCGCAAAGGCGAGCCCUGAAAGCCUAGAUGUACAUUCUGUCAAUGCAUAUUUUUAUUCUUUGGCUGUGAAGUGGAUAACUUUGUUCGAGGACAAGGAGCUGGCGUCUGUUGUGAGCGAGAUGUUGCUGGCGAGGGCACUUGAGAUUAACAAUCAUGCUGGAAGCGUCAAUAUUGUGACAAGCACAACAACCACAGACAGUCGUCUUGAGUCACACAGCGUUCAUUUCGAGUCUGCCAAUAAGAAUUCGCAAUUUUUAAUGACACUCGACCAAUUCGAAAAAGAUUUACAUAGGCAUGCACACGAUUCCUACAAACAAACGAAGAGGUGGAUGGUGGAGAGGUGA